UUCCAUGGCAGUUGACAACGGGCAGUUCCCCAGGCCGGUUUAUGCCGUCCCAAGGUGGAGUGUGUGUAUUUUUUUUAUUUCUCAUCUCUCUCCUUUCAAAGCCCACUACUAACAAAAUCAUCCCCCCUAAUUACAAACCGAAAGUAAUAGCACAGAUCAGCCGGCGUGCAUUCUCCCCGGCGCAACAAUAACAAGUACCAGACAGGUUAAUCGAUUGAAACAAACAACAAUACCGCCAAGAGUCGAUUGAAUUCGUAACCGUUGAAAUUGUGAUGAUUAAAGUGAGAAAAAAAAUUUCUGUCUUUACUGUGAAUAAAUUCACAAGCGCCAGUGAUCAAGUUCAGUGACAAUCGCCCGUCCCAUACCUUCAGUUGCUCUAUUUAUUGGUCGAUUAGAGAUCGAUUAAUUGAGAAGGAACUUUUUAUCGAUCCCGGGAUAAGGACGCAAGUGGCAUUAUUGAGAACAAUGCCCAUUGGAUCGUGAAAUAAAGAGGAAUAAAAGAAGCCACUGCCUCCAUUCCGGAAGCGGCGACACUUCGUCUCCGCCGUUAUUGCCGGAGAAAUGGUUUAUUGCACAUGGUGACAUCUCUGUCGAGGAGGUUCCAGAAAGAUAAGACGACUAAAGGGUCGACUAUGUCAACUGUGGAGGACAAGAAGCGUGUAGCUGGCACUAAAGUGUCAGCAAUAGCCAACAUAUUUCAAUCUAAGCCACAGCAUGACGUUGGACAUCUCCAUCGUCCAACAACGAUACAUCCAGAUGGUUUUAAAGAGCCCGCUGUGCCACUCAAGGACUCACCGACGCAGGUGACUGUGGUCAGGACUGAGAGCCAUGUGGCUAGGUUUAAUAAUGCACGAGCACUCUUUGAAAAACUUGGAGAGGAGAAUAAAUCUAAUAGACCACAAGCCAAGCCAACGAAUUUUCACGGUCUUCGUUCGCGCUCGAGUUCCGCAAAUUCUGGGUCAGGAUGUACAUCCCCAGCGCGCUCACCGCGCCCCUGUUCGCCCUCACCACCGGGCAGCUGUCGAGACCACCUGAGCAAUUGGAGUGCAAGUGUUCCCGCCUUAAAUGCCGAGCGUCACUUUGAAAAUGGUCACCAUGGUAGCGAUAAUAGCGAGCGUAUGAAGCCAAGAGUGUCCUCGAAGUAUGAAAAAAAUUAUGGCAAAGAAAAUCGUAGAGAGGAUAAACCAGAGAAGCCGGAAAAGCCUGAACGACGUUUAAACUCGAAGGAGCUCAUUGAGAAGCAAAAAAAUUGGACAAGCCAUUUUUCAAAGACACGACCAAGUCGGUACAACUCAGAUCCAAAUAAAUCACAAGUACAAACAUCAAUACAAAAUCAAAAUUCUAAAAGACUGAUUGUCGAUGAUUCAUUGGACUCGACAGAAUCCGAUUACCAGGAGAUUGAUUUUAAAAAAUCAUCGGAGCCAUGCCCUGCCACCCGAUCAGCGUCAUUCUGCAGCUCAAGGCCAUCGCCAACAAUGUCACCACCGCCGCCAUUACCACCAACAAGAAAUUCAUCGGCUGUGAGAAAAGAGAGACCAGUUAGUUUUUCAGCUGUAUCGUCUACCGAUUCAGAAUCACCUGUAUCACCGGAGUAUGCAACUGUUACAAAAUCAUUUGACAGUUCACCAACAAUACCAGAGUACGCUGUUGUACAGAAGACAAAGCAAGUGGUUAAGAUUGACGAGCCAAUGCCAGAGUACGCGACUGUACAGAAACCCUUGGGUUCGAAAAAGGCGUUGGAUACCAAGUUGAAAGAUAAAUCUAGUCCGCGUGAUCAACAAAUGAAGGAGGCGAGAGCUAUUCGUCACGAUGUGGAGGAUGAGAAGAAAAAAGUUGAUAAUUUGGAGAUUGAGGAUGGUAAUGUGGAGAGUGCGAGCCCAUGUCGGGCACCUCCACCCAAGACCUCUGAGUGGAGAAAUGUUUGGCUGGCGAAAAAUGAGGAGAUCCUGAAGAAUUCGGAGGUGACGACGGGAGAUGAGGGGGUCGAGAGACCCGCUGCCAGCAGCAGGCCAGACUGGGCGAAACCUGAUCAUGAACUCAGACCACCAUCAAGAACGGAUAGCGCCUCGUCCAGCAUGAGCUCACCUAGUUCACCGUCCAAGGACAGUAGAGAGGAGAAGGCUGAGAAGGAAUUGCCUGAAAAGCUUCAAGGUCGAAACAGUUAUGAUCUCGAGCGUGAAGUUCCUGAGAAGCCAGAGCCACCAACAGACCCCCUUCCCCUCGAGGAAGAUGACGAGGAGGAUGGGAGUGCAGCUGAAAAAUUUGUGGAGACUGACGUUGCAACAGUGGUGCGUAGAUCCCACGUGAAAAUGGACAUGCCAGCAGCAGGAUUAGGCCAGCGUCCCCCCUCCGUAAUAAGUUCCGACCAGGAGUUUCCAGCGUUGGAACACAAAGAGAUUCCAGUACCAUCGCCGUAUGCAAAGCGCCUCCAGCAGGAGGCCAACGCUCGUUCCCAAACAAAGCCAGACGGCCAGAGGGAGGUAUCAAAUUCACGUGUGAUAGCAGUGAAGAAUGCACUCGAGAAGGAGAAACAGAUAAACGACGUACCGUGCCAAAAGACAGUGUCAAAUGCUAAAAACGAUCAAAUAAAAGUAUCGAUGCGUGAAAAGCUAGCGAGGAAUAAGGAUGAAGUGACAGAAAAACGUUCGUCCUUCACGGAAUCAGAGAAGACCAGCAGUCAGGUGCAGCUGGAGCUGACGGAAAGUAAUGAAAACACAUCUCUAAAGAAUAAUUUGGCCCCUGAUGUGACUGAUAAGGCACCAGUCUCCCCAGAGCAGAUCCAGACGACCUGGGAAUUGGAAAAACAAAAAGCUGAUCAGCUGGCAGCACUGAGAUCCUCAGAGCCCCUGGACCCCUCGAAAAUUCCUGUUAAAACUGCCCUAGUUACUGUCUCUUCAUCCCCGGUUCCCCCCAAAGAUGAGCCUGAAGAAUCCAGGGAAAACAGUCUCCUGGAGGACACAGACUCCAGUGAAACAAAGACAAUAACCAAUGUCGAAAGUCUGAUGUCAUCAGAGGUAUCCAAUAAAAGGUUUGAGACGCCGUCACGAGGCAAUUCAGCAGCUGCUGUUACGCCAGAUACAAUGACAGCUGAUGAAGCGGAAAAUUUACUGAGUUCUCGAAUACUCGAAAAGAAGAUUAGACAAGGUUCUGCGCUGUUGUCUGAUGAAGAGGCACAAGAAAUAGCGAGACUCCUAUCGCCAACGCUGGAUCCAUCGUCAGAGGAGCACACCCUGGAGAAGGACAUGGGACAGGAGAAGGAGAAGCUCGACAAAGAGGAACUAGACAACACUCCAGACUGGCUGUCAGACGUUCUAUCCGCUCAGGAUUCAAGUAUUAUCAACAGUACAACCCAGGACUACAGUCUGUCACAGCGAUCAAGGAGUGAUUUGACAAUUGACUCAUUGACUGAAAGCCAAAUUGGCUCGGUAACAGGCAGCGAAAGCGGACUGUUGGGCUCUGUCAGUAGUCUCAAUGACACACAGACUAAUGACGACACUGAGACUGAGCAAAGGGACGAUUACACACCUGUACCUGGAAAAAUAAUUCUCGUUGAGAAUGGAAAACACUUUUUUGAGGAUGGACACUUCUGGAUGGAGGUAGAGGGACUGCCUGAGUCUGAUGAUGAGAAACAUUUGGGGAGUGUUGUACCAAAGAAGAAUAGCAAAGUGUCAUUUGAUUCCGGCCCUAUGAAGGUGUACUCAACGCAUUCAGUUUCAGAGUACGAUCGGAGGAAUGAAGAUGUUGAUCCUGUUGCUGCUAGCGCUGAAUAUGAGCUUGAGAAGAGAGUGGAGAAAAUGGAGGUCUUUCCGGUGGAAUUGAUGAAAGGGCCUGAGGGACUUGGACUCAGUAUCAUUGGUAUGGGAGUGGGGGCUGACGCUGGACUUGAGAAACUUGGGAUUUUCGUUAAGACGAUUACUGAUAAGGGGGCGGCUGCUAGGGAGGGCAGGAUUCAGGUUAAUGAUCAGAUUGUUGAGGUGGACGGAAAGUCGUUGGUUGGUGUUACUCAGGCUUAUGCUGCUAGAGUACUUAGGAACACUUCUGGGCUGGUGAAGUUUGUUAUUGGGAGAGAAAAGGAUCCCAAGAAUUCGGAGGUGGCUAUGCUUAUUAGACAGAGCUUGGAGGCCGAUGCUGAGAGGGAACAUGCGCAUCAUGCUAAUAGGAAAUUGAAUUUCUCGGAUACAUCUGGUGAGUGUCAGCAGAGAGAUGACCAUUCUAUCAGCAGUGUCAGUGGAUUUCCCGGCAUACCGGGCUCACCUGCAAUGUCAUCGUGCUCGGAGGGUGAACCACCACAUAGUCCUAUUGAAAAUUAUUUAUCGCCAACGACAAGAUGUCGAUCGCCGAUUAUCAGCUCUUCUGGGCCACAUGUCACCACUCAAAGUGAUGUUGAGAGCCUCCGUCAGCUGCUACAAGAGAAUCAGUAUAAGUUCGCUCUGGCCAAUGAAGAGGUCGAGAAACUAAAAGCAAAGCUCGUGGAGCUUGAGAAUAAUGGAGCCGGAAGUGAGGAAUACGCGGCAAAAUUGCGCGAUUCUAGACUGCGAUUGCAUGAGUCGGAGAGAGCAUUGGGUCAGACGAGGCAGGAACUCUCAACAACGAGAGAAAUGCUUCAACAGGCAACAUUACAAAUCGCAGCGAUGCAACAAAAAUAUGCACGUGCCAGGCGGGCGGCCAGGGAACUUCGAACUGAUAUUGCUGCGAGAGAUGAAUUCUAUCAGCAGUCGUUGCAGGAAAAGGAUACUGAAUACAAUGCACUGGUGAAAACUUUGAAAGACAGGGUAAUAAAACUCGAACUGGAGCUCACGGAGACCCACACUCGUUUCGGUCUCCCCGUCCGAUUACCAUACGACGGUUCAACCAAAGGCAUAGUGACCCCGCAGUUAUCGCGUCGUCAAUUACCACCGCCCCCGUCGUCAGCAAAUUGUCAGUUAUCUGAUACAGAAACCUCGGACCUUAGUAGCCCUGACGACGGUGACAAAACCGCAACAGUAGAGCGCAAACUGCCUCUACCCAUUCCCAUAAAAGAGGAAUUAGAUAGAGCAGUACCAGCCCAUCGUCUCCUGGACAAUUCAGCUGGUAAAAGUAAAGCCGAAUUGGCCAGCAGAGGAGGUCUAGCCAAUCGACAACUACCCAAGCGUUCCGGUGGUCUCAGUAAUAGCAGCUCUGACUAUGGACUCGAUGAGUCAGGUGACAACACCGAUACCGAGGACUCGUCAAAAAUUGGUGUAUCACACGAUGUCAGUAUGCGAUCAAAUGACUCCAUAAAACACUGCAACUUGAGUUCGUACUCCAGCAGCUCGUCCAUAAGCUCCCAGAAGAGUAAACAGUAUUUCGAGUCGACUCACUCGACGACAAUUAGGCAGCACAGUACAAUAAGUUCGCAAGUACGUGCCAUGACUGAACAGAGUUGGCCAAGCACAACUGGACAAAAAAGUCUGAGCGGACCACCAGCAUCACUGGCUGAACAACUCAAACAAGUUCUCGCUGAACGUGAGCGUAGACUCGGGGCUAAUGAUAUGUCGUCCUCGAGAGAGAGCUCUGGGGACUUCAGUGAUUUGAAUAAUCCACAUGGUAACGAUAAUACAACACUAGUCACGCAUCAUCUUGUUGAGGAGAUCAGGCAAGCGGUUAACGAGGCGAGCCAGAGAGUGAAAAAGGUAUCAGCACCUGUACCCACUGGGAACACACCUUGGCAUCACCAGGGUGGCUCACCAUCCAGUCUGUCAUCAGGGGGGUCUGUCAGUCCCACUGCUGUCGAGCCUUGUCCAUCCAAGAUUGGCAGUGUGGAUUCAGCUGAGGUCUGGAUGCCACCAAACCCAGGAGACUUUGGUCUUGACAAGAAGUCGCUGUUCUGGCAAACAGCCUGCAUCACCGAUUGGUCAAAGGAACAGGUCUGCCAAUGGCUGACUGGCAUUGGUCUUGAGAGAUUCUCAUCCAGGUUUAUGGAUAAUGGGAUCAAUGGAAGCAGUCUUCUACGCUUGGAGUCAAGGGAUCUCAAGACUCUGGGGAUCUCUGGAGAUGAAAAAGUUCAUCUCAAGAGGAAACUCAAGGAACUCCGAACGCAGGCUGAGCGCGAACGCAAGGAACGCAAAGAGAUGGAAAGGAUGAGGAGAAAAGCCGAAAAGGCUGCCAGGAAAAAGUAAAUUCGGAGAAAUAUUGUCGGGCGAGAGCAACUCUUGGUUGAGGCUUAUUUCGAGGUCUUUUAUUUAUCCGUUGAGAUUAUUAUUCGUCAGUGCUACUCACUGUGGUACCUUCAUUGAGAGAAAAAUGAUUUCCGUCAAAUAUUCAUUUACUUGAGAGAAGAUUUUUUAAAAAUUAUAUUCCUCUGAUUGAAUUCUCCCCAGGUGAAUCUAAUUAGGCCGUAAUUACGCCAAUCAUGCAUUUUCAGGCAAUAACAAGUACACGUGAUCUUGGAUGAAUUCCUCUAAUGAUUAUUAAUUUUUUAUAACCUUCCUAUGUUUUACAGAGCUAGAUUUCCAUUAAUUUUGUAUUUUUGCUAAUUAUUGAGGAAUUCAUACAUGGAAAUUAUAAUUCCCAUGAUUAUCUUUUGGAUAAUAUGGUUGGAAGUAUGGUUGUCAUAAUUGAUACUGAUUGAGAAUUGCUAUGGGUGAUAACUCGAAGGAGAAAUGCACUAUUGACACGAUGGAUACUUCUUUCAAGUAAACGAAUUUUUGAAAAAAAUGUUUUUGUUUGUUCUCAGUGUUGCCAUACCUCGGGAAUGUCAAUGGCACUGGUUAUGCUCAAGGACGAUAGCUCGAUCAUCCCUCGAAUUGGGUUAUUGCAUGAUUUUUUUGUCGAAAAAAUAACAAAGAAUUAGAUGAAAAAUAUUACAUAUGUAUUUUUUUAUUCUCAAAAAAUAUGAAAAAAAUACAUCACUGGUAUUUUAGAGUAACGUCAUAAGUCAGACGUUUUCAAUUGCCUAUAACUCGCUGAUUUUCAGUUAUUUUAAUAAAUAAAAAAUUAUGUGUCUAAUAUUUUUCAUUCGAAGUUCGUAUGUACCACUAAAAAAUUUAUGCAAAAGCUCAACUGGUUGAUAUUCUGAAUGGAACGAAGAAAAGCAUUUUUUUAGUUCUUCAAUUAGUGAAUAUCGGUCUGGACUUGAUGACUCAUGGGAUCGAUAUGUGAUUGUUACUAUUAAUAUUAUUAAUAUUUUUGUAUUUCUCGUUAUCAUCAUCAUCAUCAUUGGCGGACGAUCUUACUUUUAAUAGAAUUAGUUGAGGCUCUAGCCAUGAUUUUUUUCGAUUUACUCGACCCCGCCAGAUUAUUGAAUUAAUUGAUGCACUAUUUAAACCACUCAAUGAAUUAAAAAUGGAGAGUUAAGUAUUUCUUACGUAUAAUUCGUCGAAUAAGAUUAUUUAUUUUGAAAGAUUAAAACAACCGAAGUAUACCCCACUCUGCAUUACUCCCCCCUUGGCUAACUACAAUUAAUUAAUUAAUUAAUGAUGAACUAUUAUCGUAUAGAGGAGAUUAAAUCGAUGCAAAUUGUCAAUGUAUUUUCAAUUUCUUGUUUACUCUUAAACAAAAAUUAUUCAAAAUAAUGUAUCAACGAAAUAAUUUUCUCCGUGAGACACAAAGUGUCCAUAUAGUCGUUAGCAUAGGAUUUUUAAUGAAGAUUUUUCGCGAACGAGUGAGAAUGUGUGUGACGAGAUAAAAUAAUAAAAUGUGAAGAAGAGGCAACUUUUAGCAUUAUGAUUUACAAUUUUGCUCAAAGAAUCCUUCAUAUCAAAGACCUGACAAUUACUGUCAUGAGAGAGACAAAAAGCCAUUGUAUUGCGCUUCCCUUCAUUUUAAUGAUGGUAUUCUCCCCUCCCUCAAUCCCGUUAUCAUGUCUCAAGACAUUCCGAAAUUAAUAUCGAGACCCAAAAACGUUUUUGCUAUUGAAAAAUAUUUUUUUCCCCCUGAAAACACUGCAUCGAAUAAACACUGACAUUGCAAAUGAAAUCGACAGUAAAUAUUUUUUUCUCGAAUUGUAUUUAUAAUAGCUGUAGAAUUGAAUGAUUUUUUUAAUUUUUAAGAAAUUCACCAUUCGAACAUGGAACUAAUAAUAAAAUUGUAGGGUUUUUAUUUUUAUCGGGGAAACUAAAAGUUAAAUUUUUUCCUCAGUAAUCGAAACCUUCGUCGACCGAACGAUACAGUGUACAUAUAUACAUACUGAAUAUAUAUACAUAAAUAUAUAUGUGAAUAUAUAUUUAACGACACAUUGGCGUUUACAGGUCAUACUGAACAUUGUAAUCAAUUAAUUAUCGAAAAAUUAAGUCUCGAGAGUGCGAUAAAUCCACAGUGUCAUAAUAGUUUUUUUUUCGUAGUGUAAAUGUUCUAGAUGAUGACACAGGAGUCGAUGAAACAUGUCCUCCAUUUUAUAUAAAAGACAGAUGAUGCAAAAAGAUGCAAUAAUCAAAGACAAUGUUCCAUAAAUAUGCUGGACUGACCUCUACGAUUUUUUAAACAUUUUCAACGCUCGGAUUGUCCUUUGUAAUUCGUCCGUUUUGAGUGUAAUUGUGUGGAAAAUAAAAAAAAACACAAGACAAUGUUUUUCAUAGGAAUAUUUUAUUUUUAUUUUGUAAUUGCGCUGUUAAUGGUGGCGGCUGUGUAACUGUUUUUCCAUCAGAACAAUUCAAAGCAAUGCAGGCACAAUUUUUCAUAGAAAUCGAUGUCUUCGGAAUAAUUUUUUUGUAAUAAAAAAUAGACAAAAACUUAGACCAUUUCUUCUCGUAAUGGAGGGAAAUGUAACACGUAUAAAUCCUGUGAGAAAUAGAUAACGAAAUGUUACAAUAAAAUGGCAGCUUCACACAUUUGUUAUUCGUAAUGGAAAUAAUAAUUGUCAUCGUGAAAUACUCUCGAAACCUUUCAAUUAAACGUAAACUUCAUACAUUGAA